AACAGCCGGACUCACACUUCCCAUGCUUAAAGGUCCAACUUUAUUUUGAACUUAAACACCGCUGUUUUCUCCUGCCAAACCCCAUAGCACCAUACUGAUACCACUGCCUAGCGGUACCCCUCUCCUCACCGCUCACGCGACUCCCACCACCUACGUACCACAGUCGACAUUUUCACCUCCAAAGGCAGUGCGCCAGCACAAGAACUCAAUACCUACCUACUCACCAUGAAUCACAAAGAUUUCGACGCCAGGUUUGACCUGGCCACCGACAUCUCGCCCGUCAAGUACGAUGAGAACUGCCCAUUCCCCUACAACAACUUCAUCUACAAGGUCACGAUCUCGGAGCCAGCGACCAAACUCAACUCUCCAAACAGCGGCAUCUGCACCACGCCCCCUGCCGCCCGGGGCAUCUCGAGCUUAAUCAUCCGCCUGAGCAACCCGCACGCCGAUGGCCUGAACCACGCGCAAACCCGCGUGCAAAACGAAAAGCCCGAUCUCGCAGACAACAUCCCCCGGGUCUACGCAUGGGACUCGCCCCGACCGUCCAACCGCAACCUGGGCUGGACUGCAAUGGAGUUCAAAUCGGGCAUACCGCUCGACGCUCACUUCGCAAAGCUUGCCACCGGCUCUGAAGAGAAAGCUGCCAUCAUCGAGCAGGUGGCCGAUCUCCUCACUGGAAUCCAGCGGGCGCCGCUUCCGGAGAGCGUCACAUCGUUCGGCGGCAUCGGCAUUACCGACUCGAGAGAAAUGGUCAGCGGGCAAAUGACCACGGUCGCGGGCGGUCCCUGGAGUCGCUACGAAGAUGUGUGGCGCGCCAGGUUAAGGUCUCAGCUUGAAGGCGCUGAUGGGAGCUCAGCGCUGCAGGAGUGGAAGCCCAACGGCGUGCGCGCGCGCAUUGACAGGUGUUUGGAGAGCAACCUCGGCGGGGUUUUCGCUGAGGCGGGUGUCGACAUGACGAAGCGUGUGCUGGUACACGGGGAUUUGACUAUGAACAACAUGCUCGUCGAUCCCGAGAGCAACAAGAUCACGGCGCUGCUUGACUUUGACUUUGCAUCGGUUUUGCAUCCCUCUCACGAGUUCUUCAUGUCUCUGUGGGAUGAUCCGACGGGCGGCCGUCUUGCCAAAGCAAUACUCACAGGCAGUUUUGACAUGGACGACGACGUUCCGGAGGAGGCGGCCGAGUUGUGGUCGACGGCCCGUGUUUGGGAUGCAGCGCUGGCAGCACGCGGAGCCAUGAGACCCAGCGACAUCUCGGGAAUGGCCGGCUUGGACCAGCUACGGCGCCUUGAAACGGCCCUGUGUCCCUUCCAGCUUGUCCAUCCGAUGAUUUUGAAGCAAAUGACUGCAGAACAGGUCCAAGAGCAGCGAGCGGCAGCUGAGAAGACAUUGGUUGCCUGUCUGGAUGCUCUUGGGUUCUGA